UAAAACUACUUUUUAUGCUGGGUUCUUGGAUAUGUUUAAUUACAAGUGUAAUUAUGCGUGUUUAUCAAACAUAUUUAAUAUGUCCUACAACCAAAAACUUGUGACUGUGCAUUUAGACUAAAAGACUCAGUUCAAUGGGCGUGGCAGGGGAAAAAAGCAGACCGUUUCGCGCACGCGCACAUUGUCGAAUGUCUAGCUUGGGAGAUCAGCGAUGAGUCCACACAGCAAUGAGCCGUAAGCGCAGAAGCAGCAUUGUGGAAUUACACGCGAAACAACACACCGUGAUUUCAAGACGGACGAAGAAUGUCCCAUACGUUGAGAGGGUGGGAGGCGUGACGGGUUUGUCCUGUUUUUCCUCCUGCUGUUGAGACACGACAUGAGAGCUCAAAGCCCUGGCUAAAGUGGAGCUGAAAGGGAGGGAGGUGUCCACCAUCCUCUGGCCGUCAUCGUUCUCCACAGCACCGGCGCCAUAGCAUCAAGGCUUUGUGUUUCGGCGAGCAUCUGUGUCACAAGAGAUUACAUUAGCAGUGUGGAAUGAGACACCGACUUGCGUGAAAAUGUCUUCUGUUAGAAUAAUGUUGCCGGGCGUGGGUGUAUUUGGAACAGGGCAGACGGUACGUACCCUGGUGCCGUUGCUCCAAAAGGAAGGCUUCCCUGUUCAGGCUGUUUGGGGCCGUACGCAAGAGGAAGCAGAGUCACUAGCCAGUGAGUUGGACAUUCCCUUUUCCACUAACAAGACAGAUGAUGUGCUGCUACACCCAGAAGUCCAUCUUGUCUGCAUAUUGACACCUCCUCCACACACACGGCAGAUUGCGGUAAAAGCUCUAGGUAUAGGUAAAAAUGUGAUCAGUGAGCAGGCAGCUACACUGACAGAUGCCUGUAAGAUGGUGACAGCGGCAAGAUAUUAUCCACAGCUUAUGAGUAUCAUGGGAAAUUCCUUGCGCUUCUUGCCCGCAUUUGUCCAGAUGAAACGCCUGCUUGGAGAGGGUUAUUGUGGGAACUUGCAGGUAUGUGAAGCACGUGUUUAUGGAGGCUCGCUGCUCAGUCAGUCAUAUGGAUGGGCAUGGGAGGAGCUCAUGGGGGGAGGUGGCCUGCAUACAGUUGGCUCAUGCAUAAUUGACCUGCUGAGCCACCUCACGGGACGUCGGGCUGUGCGAGUGCAUGGAAUGCUCCGGACGUUCGUAUGUCAGAGUGGCCCGGCCGGAGGGAUUCGAUCUGUAACCGCAGAUGACUACGCUUGCUUUCAGCUGCUGAUGAGUGGAGGCGUGGUCUGCAGUUGA